ACCUCAUACGACUAAAGUUUUCCAAACUUGUUAAGGAUAAUCUUAAUCAUCAUUAAAGGUAUUAUGUAUAAUUUUAAGCAAAAAAAAUCAGUUCGGUCCAAGACCGGUUCUAUAUGGUCUUGGAGCGGACCGGAAAAUAAAUUUCUCGGCUCGGAGACCGGAUCGAUUGAUUUGGUUUGGUCUGGUUCGGGGUCGGUCUGGACUGGUCUGAUCUAUUUUUCAGUCCGGAUUAAUUUUUAAACACCCCUAGCGUUCGUUAGCAAGAUUCUUAUUAUAGAUCAAUUAAAAUACUCCGUAUCCAUAUAUAAAAAAUCAAUCAAGAUUCAAGACAUUUAACAAAUCGGACUUACCCUCAUUAACAAAAAACACACAGUCCCGUCAAAAAAAAAAAAAAAACAAAAAAAAACAAAAACAAAAAAACACAUCUAGAUUCUAGAUGUACCAUUCCCGCUAUUAAUAUAAUGACUAAAAUACCCAUACUUCCAAAUUCCUUAACAUACCCCUUUGUUGUUCCUUCUAAGUUCCAAGUUACAGACUUCUACUUGCAGUACAAUGCAAGCGCCAUCAAACAACAAGAAAACAAGUUGAAAAAAUUUAAUUUUUUUUUGGAUCCAUCUCAAUUUCUAUUCUAAUCUCUUCUAUUCAACUUAUAAUUUAAUUAACUCAACGGCUUCUUUCCAUUUUCUCUCUCUUCUGUUUCAGAGAAGAUGGGUUCUGAAGGUGCAGGAACUAGCACCUUUGUCAUUAAAUGGAUCAACUUUCUCACCACGCUUAUAGCAUUGGGAGUAAUUGGAUUUGGAAUAUGGAUGAGCAGUCAUACUGAUGGUUGCAGAAAAUCUCUCACUUUUCCUGUUCUAGGCCUUGGUGCUAUCAUACUUGUAGUAUCAUUAAUUGGGUUAGUGGGAGCCUGGAAGAACAACUCAAUCUUAUUAUGGAUUUACUUGAUACUGUUAUGUUUGAUACUCAUCGCCAUUUUGAUCUUCACCGUAUUGGCAUUUAUUGUGACAAAUAAUGGAUCAGGACACAAGGUGGCUGGAUUAAGAUAUAAGGAGUAUCAACUGCAUGAUUACAGUUCGUGGUUUCUGAAGGAACUAAAUAAUACCCAUAACUGGAAGAAUUUGAAGGCCUGUCUUGUGAAAUCGAAGGACUGUGCUAAUCUGUCCAAGAAGUACAAGACUUUGAAGAAGUAUAAAGCAGCAAAACUGACCCCUAUUGAGGCUGGUUGUUGCAGGCCGCCAUCUGAGUGUGACUAUCCUGCUGUCAAUGCUUCAUACUAUGAUCUGAGCUAUCAUCCGGCUAGUUUUAACAAAGAUUGCAAGUUGUACAAGAACAAGAAGACCAUUAGAUGCUACAAUUGUGAUUCCUGCAAGGCAGGAGUUGCUCAGUACAUGAAAACUGAGUGGAGGGUGGUUGCAAUAUUCAAUGUAGUCCUUUUCGUUGUUUUGUCAAUAGUGUACUUUGUGGGAUGCUGUGCAAGGCGAAAUGCGGCCUCUAGUUGCUCGAAAGGUUGAUGAAAAGACCGUGAUCAGUUACAGGAAUUGAACAAGAACACAAUCAAGCUUUAUAUUGUGAAGAUUUGAGAAAUCUUUUCAUUUGAUGUAUAAUUGUUCUCGCUUAGUAUAUUAGGCUCAUUCAAAACACUCUAACCAUUAUUUUAGGGAAAAAAAUUGAGAGAAAUGACUAAUUUACUAAGAUUAUAGAUCAAGGGUAUUGAUCUUAGUAUUUCAAUGGCUACAUUAAACUUAUAGUCGUAAAAUUUUCCAUCACUGUAUUAUUCUUUCGCCUUUGUUCUUUUGGGCAUCCAUUAUGUGUUAAAUUCAUUGUUCACUGUGGUGUUCUCUUUUCCAUAUGCUACAUUAUUUAGGGAAAGGGUGCGAAAAUUUUAG